AUGGUGACAGUACAGUUCGCUUGCAGUGGACUACUUGUGACGCUGUUGCUCGCCUUACUCACCGAGGAGGUCGGGGCUACGACUGAUCCUAGUGGGAGGCGCUGCAGCGGCAAGGGCGGCGGCAAGUGCAAGGGGGGCAAGGGUGGUGGCGGGGGCGGCGGUGGUGGCGGUGGAGGAGGCGGAGGGGGUGGGGUUGGAGGUGGGGGUGGUGGCGGGAGUGGGGGCGUCGGUGGCGGUGGUGGAGGUGCUGGAGGCAGCGGCAGCGGUGGUGGAGGUGGCGGCGGGGGUGGUGGUGGCCGGGGUGGAGCCGCGCAGCGUGGAGGUUUUGGCGGUGGUCAACGACAGCAGCAGCCGCGCUCCCGUGAGACUCUAUCACCCCAGCAGCUUCGUGAGUGGUAUGCUGGGCGUGGGAGGUCUGGGGGUGCUGGUCCCUACACUUACGUUCUCCGCACAGGCGACCGCAGUGGGGAGACGUGCGAGCUACCACACGCAACGGAGCGCUGUUUCGGACGCCGGACUGACGCCUGGCGCACACAGUUUCCUGACGCCACUGAGCUUCUUCGCUGGGGUGAUCUGCUUAAGUUUGGUGUUGAUGUCUUUGCUCUUGACUAUGAUGCUAUCCUUGCUGCCAUGUAUGCUGUGACUAUUAGUGCUGAGGGUGACUGUUACCUGUGUGUUCCGCCCGACCUGGGCAUUGGGGCUGUUGCUCUAGGUGCUAGUGAGUCUGCCGCUCCAGGUGCUAGUGAGUCAGCUACUCCAGGUACUGGUGAGUUUUCUCUAUCAGGUACUACGCCCGCUGAGGCCUUGCACACCUUCACACUUGACUCAGGUGCUUCCCGCUCCUUCUUUUGCGACUGCAACACUCUCACGCCGCUCAGUCGGCUAGUUGUAGGCUCCCGCGCGGACCCCUCAAGGGGCCUAGUCCUUGCGCACUCUUCCACGGUUAUACCGUGUCCGGCAGUCCCGUCUGGCUCACUUUCGGGUCUCCACCUCCCCUCGUUCUCUACGAACUUGGUGAGUGGCGCUGAUCUCCAGGAUGUGUUGGUUGACCAGUUCACUCCUGGAGGUCAGCGGGUGACCCACUGCACUUGCUCUCAGACUGGUAGACACAUGGCCACGUUCACCCGUGCGCCUGGCUCGAGCCUGUACACACUAACGACUAUGUCCCCCCAGGUAGCUACGUCUGCGUCCGCGUCUAAUCAGCUAGCACCCCCCUGCUCGUGUCGAGCUCUGUCCCACCGGACCCUUCUUUGGCACCACCAUCUUGGUCACCCCUCGGUGCAGCGCCUUUGGGCCAUGCACCGCCGUCUCUAG